CUGAGGCAACAGGGAAAGGAGCUUAAGCACGUAAAGCAUUCGCUAUGGAGAAAAUACCAUUUUGAGACAUUUUUCUGUUGCCGGUGAGAGAGGAAGAACCAAUACAGAAGCAUACCUGUGUGUGUGUGUGUGUGUGUGUCUCUCUCCCAGGACUGCUUUUCAUCCAGCAGCCUAGUGAUGAAGCCACCAUUAUGUCCUCAGUCAGUCAAGUAAAUGUCGACAUCCAAGAUUUCCUGAUGAGCAUUAACUUGGAGCAGUAUCUCUCCCACUUCCGUGAGUUUGGUUUUAAUACCGUGAAGGACUGCGCGGCGGUCGAUGACAGUGUGCUACACAAAAUUGGAAUAUCACCUACAGGACACCGGAGGAGGAUCAUUAAGCAGUUACAGAUCAUCUUGUCAAAAAUGCAAGAUAUCCCAAUAUAUGCAAAUAUUCAUAAAGCGAAGAAGAACGGUGAGGCUUCCGAGGAUCACCGUGCUGCAUCUUCCGAUCAGGACACCUGCGUGGAAGUCUCGGGUUCACGCACUGUUCAGGCGCCCAGCCCGGCGCAGUUGGAGACUGUUAUAAAAAGUCUUGAUCACAAGGACGUUAGUGUGGAAAACAGCCAGCCUCUUAAAGCAGACAAUGAGCCGUCUCUUCCUAAACACAACUUUCCCAUUCCAGAAGAAGAACCGCACUUGAAUUUAGGCUCUUUUCAAGAUUCGUUAUUUGGUACUGAAAAUACUAAGAUAGAAUCUUUGAUUACGAAGCAGACUGUGGAUUGUACAACUGAAGCACAACAAACAGAAAAGGUUGGUUUCAUCUCAGAAGAUGAGAGCAAGCUUCCUAACGCAGACCCCGAGUGCCUUUCUUCCCUUGGCUGUUCCGUAUCAGAAGCCAGUUCUGGAAAUGGAACUAAUGGUUUGUUAGAAAGAUCACCACCGUCCCCUUUCUUCAACUUCCAAGGAGAAAUGGUUGUAAAUGAGUUGUAUGUCCCAUCCUCACCGUUCCUAGCACCUAUGAGGAGUCGUAGCAAGUUGGUUUCAAGGCCAUCUCGAUCUUUUCUGCUAAGACAUCGGCCUGUGCCAGAGAUCCCAGGGUCAACAAAAGGAGUUUCAGCCAGCUAUUUCAGAGAGAGAAGAAAUGUUGCUACCUCAACUGGAAAACCUGUGACACAGCCAAAUUCAAAUGAGGAGAAUUCAUCUUCCAUCUUUCCUUAUGGAGAAACCUUUCUCUUCCAGAGACUAGAAACUCCCAAGAAGAAGUCUAUAAGGAAUGAAUUCUGGACCCAUGAAGAAACACUCAAAGGGGGAGCAACAACUGAAAGAAAUUCUUUUUGCAUCAAACCAAGCAUAUAUGAUAACAGGAAGGAGGCUGUAAGUGAAGACAGAGUGGAAGAUAUUUGGAUACCUCGAGAGGACAAGAACAAUUUUCCCGUAGACUGUGCUUCAGAUUCAGAAUACUCAACAGUGGAAGAAUGCUUUCAGAGUUUAAGAAGAAAAAAUUCAAAAGCAUCUAAAUCCAGGACUCAAAAAGCAUUGAACUUGGACCCUGUUAAUAGGCACAGUUAUCCCUUAAGCUCAACCAGUGGAAAUGCUGAUUCAUCAGUCCCUUCCUCAAGCGCAAUCUCUCCUUACGCCUGCUUUUACGGGUCGUCUGCGAGGAAGGUUAAAUCGGGAUGGCUAGACAAACUCUCUCCUCAAGGAAAACGCAUGUUUCAGAAGAGAUGGGUGAAAUUUGAUGGCUAUAGUAUUUCUUAUUACAAUAAUGAGAAGGAGAAGUACUCAAAAGGAAUAAUUCCCCUUUCUGCUAUGUCGACAGUACGGGUUCAAGGAGACAACAAAUUUGAAGUUGUUACAACACAAAGAACUUUUGUUUUUAGAGUAGAGAAAGAAGAGGAAAGAAAUGACUGGGUCAGCAUACUAUUAAAUGCACUGAAAUCGCAGUCCCCUUCCUUGCAGUCUCAAGCAGAUGUUGCACCGGAGAAAUGUGGAUAUCUUGAAUUAAGAGGGUAUAAAGCCAAAAUUUUUACUGUGUUAAGUGGAAACAGCGUGUGGCUUUGCAAAAACGAACAGGAUUUUAAGGGUGGACUUGGUAUCACCAUAAUUCCGAUGAAUGUAGCCAACGUGAAGCAGGUGGACCGGACUGUGAAACAAUCCUUUGAAAUAAUCACCCCCUACAGGAGUUUUAGCUUCGUAGCCGAGUCUGAAAAGGAGAAACAAGAGUGGAUUGAAGCUGUGCAGCAGUCGAUAGCAGAAACUCUCUCUGAUUACGAAGUAGCUGAGAAGAUUUGGUUCAAUGAGUCCAACAGGAGCUGUGCAGACUGUAAAGCCCCGGAUCCUGACUGGGCAUCCAUCAAUCUCUGUGUUGUCAUCUGUAAGAAGUGUGCAGGACACCAUAGAUCUUUAGGACCAAAAGACUCCAAGGUUAGAAGUCUAAAAAUGGAUGCAAGCAUUUGGACGAAUGAACUGAUUGAGCUUUUUAUUGUCAUUGGAAACAAAAGAGCAAAUGACUUUUGGGCUGGUAACCUUCAAAAAGAUGAAGAAUUACACAUGGAUGCGCCAGUAGAAAAGAGAAAAACCUUCAUUACUCAGAAGUACAAAGAAGGAAGAUUCAGGAAAACCCUUUUGGCCUCUCUCACCAAGGAAGAGCUGAAUAAGGCCCUGUGUGCUGCUGUGGUGAAAUCGGAUGUUCUGGAAACAAUGGCUUUGCUGUUCAGUGGAGCAGACGUCAUGUGUGCAACUGGAGACCCCGUGCACAGCACCCCCUACCUGCUGGCCAAGAAGGCUGGGCAGACUCUGCAGAUGGAAUUUCUCUACCACAACAAGUUCUCAGAUUUUCCUCAACAUGAAGUUCAUUUUGAAGGUGGACCAAGUCAGGAGUCCCCCCAGUGCCCGUUCCUCUGUGACUUUCUAUACCAGGCUCCUUCUGCUGCGUCUAAACUCUCUUCAGAGAAAAAACUGCUGGAAGAGACAAAUAAAAAGUGGUGUGUUUUGGAAGGAGGCUUCCUGAGUUACUAUGAAAAUGAUAAGUCCACCACUCCUAAUGGCACCAUUAAUAUCAAUGAAGUUAUCUGCCUGGCCGUGCACAAAGAGGACUUCUAUUUAAAUACCGGGCCCAUCUUCACCUUUGAGAUCUAUUUGCCCUCAGAACGCGCCUUUUUAUUUGGAGCUGAAACAUCUCAAUCCCAAAGAAGAUGGACAGAGGCGAUUGCUAAGCAUUUUGUUCCCUUUGUUGCUGAAAACUUAACAAAAGCUGCUUAUGAUUUGAUUGGUCAACUGUACUACAAAGACUGCCAUGCACUGGAUCAGUGGAGGAAAGGCUGGUUUGCUAAGGACAAGUCCAGUUUGCGUUUCUGCCUUCAAAUGCAAGUAGUUCAGGAAGAUAGAAUGAACUUAAGACGACUACAAGAGCUGACGAUCAGCUCGAUGGUUCAGAAUGGGGAAAAAGUGGACAUCUUGCUCUUGGUAGAAAAAGGGAGAACAUUGUACAUCCACGGGCACACCAAGCUGGAUUUCACAGUCUGGCAUGCUGCAAUUGAGAAAGCAGCAGGUACAGAUGGAAAUGCUUUGCAGGAUCAGCAGCUCAGCCAAAAUGACGUUCCCAUCAUCGUGAACAGCUGUAUAGCAUUUGUUACGCAGUAUGGUUUAGGGUGCAAAUAUAUCUAUCAAAAGAAUGGUGAUCCUCUGCGCGUAAGUGAGCUCCUGGAGAGUUUCAAAAAGGACGCGAGGAGCUUUAAGCUGAGGGCCGGGAAGCAUCAGCUGGAGGACGUGACGGGCGUGCUGAAGCGGUUCCUGUCCGACGCCGACGACGCGCUCCUGGCCAAGGAGCUCUACCCCUACUGGAUCUCCGCCUUAGAUACCCAAGAUGACAAGGAAAGAAUUAAAAAAUAUGGAGCGUUUAUAGGUACUCUUUCAGGGGUCAACCGAGCAACAUUGGCAGCUAUAAUUGAACACCUUUACAGGGUUCAGAAAUGCUCAGAAAUCAACCACAUGAACGCCCAUAACUUGGCCUUGGUCUUUUCAUCCUGUUUGUUUCAAACUAAGGGACAAACUAGUGAAGAAGUGAAUGUAAUCGAGGACUUAAUUAAUAAUUAUGUUGAAAUAUUUGAGGUUAAAGAAGACCAAGUCAAACAAAUGGACAUAGAAAAUAGCUUUAUUACCAAGUGGAAAGACACUCAAGUUUCCCAGGCUGGAGAUUUGUUAAUUGAAGUGUAUGUAGAAAGGAAGGAACCCGACCGCAGUAUUAUAAUUCGGAUAUCUCCUGUGAUGGAAGCAGAAGAAUUAACUAAUGAUAUAUUAGCAAUAAAAAAUAUUAUUCCUACACCAGGCGAUAUCUGGGCCACAUUUGAAGUCAUUGAAAAUGAAGAGCUAGAGCGCCCGCUGCACUACACGGAGAACGUGCUGGAGCAGGUGCUGCGCUGGAGCGCGCUCGCCGAGCCCGGCUCCGCUUACCUCGUGGUGAAGAGGUUCCUGACCGUGGACGCGGUCCGGCGCUGCACAGAGAGAAGGGCCCCGGAAAGUGUCAAAGAGGGAAACUUGAAAAUCAAAGAAGAACCAUCUAAAAUACUGUCUGGAAAUAAAUUUCAGGAUCGGUAUUGUGUUUUACGAGAUGGCUACCUCAUUAUUUACAAGGAUCUGAAGAGUAACAAACACGACAAAAUGCUUCCUCUCAGUUCAGUGAGGUUUUAUCUCGGAGUGAAAAAGAAAAUGAAACCUCCCACAAGUUGGGGAUUGACAGCAUGUUCUGAAAAACAUCAUUGGCACCUGUGUUGUGACAGUUUACAAACUCAGAUGGAGUGGAUGGCCAGCGUCUUCAUUGCACAGCAUGAAAAUGAUAUACGGCCACCGGCCGGGAAGGAACGAAAACGCUCUAUCACCAAAAAUCCCAAAAUCGGAGGCCUGCCUCUGAUUCCCAUCCAGCAGGAGAGAAAUGCCACCCAGGCCCGGAGAAACAUCGAGGGUGCGCGAGCGGAGCUGGAGAAGCUGCGGCUGGGUGAGAAGCGGGAUCCGGAGCCUGGGGACAGCACCCUGAAGGAGCGAGCCUCGCUGGUGGCGCACUGCCUGGAGCACAGGGACGAUCAGCUGCGGCACCGGACCCGGAAACACCGGAGCCUCUACUGUCUGGAGGACACGGAGGCGGAGGCCUUUCACGGGCAGCAAAGAGCCCUUAAAGGCGCGAAGACACUGGCGAAGGCUGAGGACAGGAACGGCAAAGCCGCUCUGGACCCUGAGAAUAAGCUGCCAUCGCAGGUCAUCAGAGAACUGAGCGUGGUCCUGCAGCGGUCAAGAACCCUUCCAAAAGAGACGCCGGGCGAGCCGAUCCUACAGAAAGAAACAAAGUGAACUGUAAAUUUUAAAAAACAUUGUGUACAAUGUUUGUGCGCAAAUCAGAAACCAAGCUAGAAGAUAGUUCACGGUUUGUGCAGUUCGUCUAGCUAUGUGUAAGCUUUUGAAGAGCAUUUUAAAAUAUGUAUGUAUAUAUGUGAUAAGUGUAAAAUUAACUUUAUUUUGGUCUGAACAAAGCUUGUACAGUUCCACUAUAUUAACCAUGUGUAAAAAAAGCAUUGGGUUACUUUGAGUGGCCACCUUUUUAAAGUAGUUGUCUGUUAAGUGGUGUAAUUUAUGAGCAGAGGUAUCAAACUCUACUGUACUGUAUAAAAUGCUGUUUAAAUGGAGCCUAUGAAGCUAUGUAACACAUUUUGCACUUUGAGAAACUUUGUAUAUUAAGUUCCCACGUGUUUUUAGGUUUACAUAGGGUCUACCUUAGGGAAAAGAAAGGGAAGGAAGUUCGUUGAAAACGGGGGAAGACUUAUUUUAGUGGCUGCCUGUGGAACAACAGGAACAAGAGAACAACACGGGGGUUUUCAAAAGAGGCAACAAGUUAACAAACAUCCUGAACACCAAGGAGGUCAGUUAGGAUUGAUUCUAGUUCACUGCUGAGAAACUGCUUGUUAAGAAAAUGCCCAGUGACUUAAGUAUCCCCCAGGAGUCAUACUCAGCCAACAAACACAUCUGACGGCGCUGGCCACUCCUGGGGUGUGCGGGAGCGGGCCACCGUGUGCGGGAGCGGGCCACCGUGUGCGGGAGCGGGCCUGGCGCGGUGCCCUUCGCAGUGUCAGCAGCGCUGCGUCCUUACUGUAGCUUUGGUACGAACAGGGUUCAUCAUCACGGUGUUGCUGCUGCUGUUUUUGUUACUGUUGCCAUUUGUACGUUCAUCUCGUUCCCUUGAGGGAGCUGUAGCUGCCUCUGCGCCCUCAGAGGUCAGUGGGGGUCCACCACAGGGCCCUCGCGGUGGGGGGCGGCUCCUCCGCACCCCCGCUUGCGGUCAGCUGCCGAGGUGGGGACUCGCCCAGGCCAGGCAGUGCUGAGGGGAGGCCACCACAGGGGCAGCGCUGUGCAGCAGUUUCUGUAGAAUUUUGUCAGAUCUGGCACAUUUUAAUUAAAGAUUAUUUUAUGCAGUUAAGCUUUAUCUCUAGCCUUUCUUUUCAUUCCCCCCCUAUUUUCAGGCGUCUUCCUUGUCAGAAUUUGUACGCAGAGGUCCAUGCUCGGUGGGUCCCAUCAGUACAGUAACGUGCUGGUAAAGGCCAUGAGUAUGAGUGAUCGGUACUUUACAGUGUAAAAUACUUACUGAUCACUUACAAUUUUACAUUACAAAAUACUGAUCACUUAUAUUGGGUGGGAAUAAAAUCGAUUGCCCUGGAUAUGUGAUAUUUAUUCUUUAAAUCCAAAUCGAUUGGAGUUUUUUUAAAGAAGAAAAAGCUGCAGGUCAGUUUAUAAAAUAGGUGGCAUUACUGGGGAGCCUUAAUGAUAUCUAGGAAAAAAAUCUAAAACUAUUAUUCCUAAUAAGUGAUAAUAUUUAUGUUGUAAAGUGUAUGAAUAUUAAUGUUUGACAAUGGAAAAAGGAUCUGGAGUUUUUAUCUGUCUUACCUGAAUAUUUUUGAAACUUGAGCUUAAAAUCGAAUAGCUUCUGUUUCCCUCCUUUCCUGUACAAUUCUCUCCAUUUUUCCAGGUGUAAGAUAAGGGCUAAUGAUAUAUAUUUUGAGUAAAAAUUAAAAUUGUUUUACAAGUCCGCCUGAAA